ACCGCCUCUGCCAGGCUGCCGAGGCCGCCGCUUCCCCUCCCUGCGCGGGUCCUGCAUUACAUCACGGCGACAGCAGUCAGAGGGGGGAGGCAGAAGCGCCUCCUCCCCGCCCUGAGCCGGGGCUGCAGCUCAGGGGGAGGACGGUGCCUCACCUAGCCCCCGAUGAGGGGCGUAUCAUGCCAUGGCAGCGCCUGCGAACGACAGCGGUGGCAGCACCCAAAGCAGGAGCAGCAGCCCCGGGAGCCGAGACGGAGUUGGGGGUACUGCGGCUGGAGCUCGCGACGACGGAGACUCGGGAGUCCGGGACGCCACGGCGACCGCCCCCAGCCUCCCACCGCUCGAGGACUACGAGUGCAAAAUCUGCUACAACUACUUCGACGCGGACCGGCGCGCCCCCAAGCUGCUGGCAUGCCUGCACACCUUCUGCCAGGAGUGCUUGAGCCAGCUGCAGCUCCGCGCCGCCGCCGCUUCCAGCGCCGUCCCUGAGCGCGCGCCGCGCCCGCCACCCUGGCACGGCCCGCCCGGCGCCAUCGCGUGCCCGGUAUGCCGCCACCGCACGCCGCUGCCGGACAGCCGCGUCCACGGCCUGCCCAACAACACCAAGCUUGCCGAGGCCUUCCCGCUGGCUCUGCGAGCCGCCCACGAUCCGCUGCCCCAAGACCGCCUCCCGCCGUUGGCCUCCCGCCGCCCCGCGCCCACCGCGCCCGCCGCCAGUCCCCGCCCGCAGCCGGCGCAGCCGGCGCCACCACCCGCUGAGGACGCCGCCCCCGGACCUCGGGCCCGCCCGGGUCUCCGCGCCCCGGGCGCCUACGAGAGCUGUCAGAACUGCAAGCGGGCGGCGCUCACCGCCGGCUGCGUGUGCGUAGUCUUCUCGUUCCUCUCCAUGGUGGUGCUGCUGUUCACCGGUCUCAUCUUCGUCAACCACUACGGCGGCGGUGGCGGCGGCGGCGGGGGUGGGGGACCCCCGAGCAGCGGUUCGUCCCCCGGCCCCGCCCCAGCUACCGGAUCGCCCUCGCCUGUGGGACCCAUUUGCCUGUCGGUGGCUAGCAUCCUGGCACUCUUCUCGGUGGUAGUUACCUGGAUCAUCUGCUGGCUCAAGUACCGGCCCGAUGGGACGGCUGCGGGCUCCGCAGGAAGCGGUGGCAGUGGCUCCAGGGCGCGGGCGGCCGCAACUCUGGGCAGUGCCCGGAGGAGCGAUACGUAGCGGGAAGGCACACCCGGGGCAUCGUCUACCCUGAGCAUCCUCAGGGGACCCGGCUUUGGACUCAGUGAGCUGGGGUUUCUCCCCGCUUCGUCUGUGACCACGAACCAACGAAUCACUGCGGAGUCUCAGUUUCCCUCCUCUUCUCUUUUUGUUCCCUAUUUCCCUUACCUUGAGCGAGAGGGGGAAACAGAAGAGAGUGGGAUGCUGGUGUGUGUGGGAUCUCCUUUAUGCGACACUCCCACCUUGACCAAAGUAUGUGGCUGUCCCUGCCCCAUAGCCUGCAGAUGUGCAGAAAGCGGAUUCCUGGCGCCUAGGACCUGGGCGCUCGUUUAGGGUAGCGCGCGCGCACUUGUCCGCAACAGUUGUGAAUGGACUUGAAUCUCUUAAAGGAAAAAUGAAUAAGGUGUAAAAGCAAAGGAUCUUCCUGCGUCUCAGAGAUCCUGGGAGGACCGACUAAUAAACAGUCCGGAUCCACGCGCCUAGAGUUGAGCCGCAGGCUAGACCUGGCCCAAGCCCGCGUCUGCGCGGAACUGGGCAGGUGCUCAGCGCGCGUGCGCGUCCCGGGCUGUCUCUGGUCUCCCUGAAGCGCGCACUCGGUGGUGAUCGGUUGCUUUCCGCCUGGUGCCUGGAGCCAAGCCCAGAAGUCCCAUCUCUUGGAGGCUUGCGGUUGUUUUAUUCACAGUGUUACUGGCAGGCAGUCAUUUUCAUCUUCUGUAACCGGACUCGACUCAGGGAGCUUAAAGAGCCUGACCUCCCUUCUCUCAAAACUGACUGACUGUUGCCCCCACCUGGAAGACACUGAAAGCUAUUUAUUCAAAGUAUAAACUAUAAGCUUCCCCCUUUCCCGUGGCACCCGGCUCCCCAAGUUCACUAAAACAAUAAUUUAUUUUUGAAUAUAUAAAUCUGGAAGUUUUGCACAUUACGAUCUUCAGACGUUGUUUUGAGCGGUGUCAUUUCUCUCUUACCUCUGAUCCAAACACAUUUCAAAACAAUAUGCAGAAAAUCAAGGUGUGUUAGUAGUUCAAGAUUUUAUACUGUGAAACGAUAACUUUCAACUAUAUGAAAACAUAUAAUAGUGCCCAAAGAGAAACUGAAAAAUGUCUCUGUCUCUGGUUAUCAAGAUAAUGUACAUUUAGCAUAUUUUGAGUUUAAUUGUCCUAUGUCAUGGAAUCACUGGAAUGUCCACGCUAAAUGGGGAAAAAUACAUAUGGACUCGAUUUUGAGACGAAAGGGGUGAUUUGUGAGUGUGUACUACACAUGGUAGACUUGCCUUUUUAAGAGGAAAACGUGGGUCUAAAAUGUAUUUUGUGUGAAAACAAAUGUCUUAUUCCACUUUUUGGAAGUUGGGGAGAGAUCAUUGGGAAAAAUCGGAGAUGCCACAGGGGGUGUGCUGUUUUCCCUCGUGUAUUAUGACACCUGCAUGAUGCCUCUGUAUUAACUGAUCUCGAGUGAAGCAUUUAUAUCUAUCAUAUGGGUGGAGUAAUUUAUUGGCCAUUCAUUAAGUAGCAUGGCUGCAGUUUAGGAACCACAAUAUGGCGUGUUAUAUGUCUAUGCCGUCUUAAUAAAAACAGGAAGUGUUUAUAGAAAAUAAGA